AUGUUUUGGAAUUUAGGUAGCUCGUGUGCGCUGCUUGGUUGUUUGUCUGUUCGCCGAGCUUGGCAGUUGGGUUGCAAACGUUUCAUCACCAAUCGAGGUGACAUCGUCAGUGCAGGGUUGAGGGACGAUGUCAUCUCGAAUGGUGAGGAAACGUUUGCAACCCAACUACCAAGCUCGGCAAACAGACAAACAACCAAGGCUGUCCUAAACACUGGCGACUUAAUAACAUUCAGAAAAAAUGGGAUAAUUGACGCGGCAGACGAUGUUGUGGGCGUUUACCACGAUACCUGUGGGAACUGCGAAGCCGUGCUUUUGCCGAGCUGCGAAGACAAUGUUAAGGAGAAAUUCCUAAAGGUGGAGAACGUUGUCAGAUUCUGCCGGUUUAAAUCACCUACACUUUGCGCAGUCGGUUCCGUAGUCAGCUCCAAUGUCUUUACGCACACCGACAUGGGAACCACUACGAAGCACACCACCACCACAGCAAACCUGAAACUUGCAGAACCGGACGACCCACUCAACCCUGCACUGACGAUGUCACCUCAAUUGAUGAUGAAACGUUUGCCAUCCAACUGCCAAGCUCGGCGAACAGACCAACAACCAAACAACGCACCCGAGCUACCUACAUUCCACCACAACAUAGGCUGUAUUCAUGACGAUGCAAAUUACUGA